AAAGGCUACCCGCAUCCUGGAAAGAAAGGCAGAUGAAAUCUCCCGUCUGAAGGAGGAGCUGCACAAGCUAGAAUCUCAGCUGCGUGUUCUGAAUUCAGAUGUCGACUCCAUGGCCCGUCAUGCUGUCAGUGAAGUUCUGCGCAGCUACACCAGCAAAGGCGUUACAAAAUGGACUGUUCAAAAGAUGCUGAAAAAAGCCAUGGACAAACUGUAUGAAGACGACGUUCAAAUGCCUGACUAUGCCCUCGAAUCCUCAGGUGCUUGCAUCAUUCAGUCCAGGACCACUAGGAGCUAUCGCCACGAAGGAGGAAACUACUUCUGCGGCCCCGUCAAGGUGCUCCCAUUUGUGAGAUCCCCAAGCCUUAUUCUUCAGCCUGAACGCUCCCCUGGAAACUGCUGGGCUUUUCCUGGACACCAAGGUGAAGCUGUCGUUAAACUAGCCACGAGAAUUAUCCCAACUGCUGUCACAAUAGACCACAUAUCUAAGAACAUCUCCCCCACUGGAGAAAUCUCUAGUGCUCCCAAAGAUUUUGCCGUCUAUGGAUUAAAAGGAAAACACGAGGAGGAUGGAACUUUCCUUGGCGAUUUCGUUUAUGACGCCGAAGGACACGUGAUCCAGACUUUCAAACUGAAGGGUAACUCUUCCGAAAGUAUAAACUACGUGAAACUGAAAGUGCUAAGCAACUGGGGACACCCGAAAUACACCUGCAUCUAUCGCUUCAGGGUCCACGGAUAUUUAGCAAGUGACUAA